AAAUUCGAGCGCCAUUUUCGGAUGUCAACAAAAAGAUGGCCUAUCGCCCCGUGCAGGUUUUCGCUUCUCUGGCCACGAAAGACCGCGAGAAAAAGGCGAGAAACGUGGAUGAAAACGAAGAGAACAUCCGGAGGGUUGUCAGGAAGAACGAGGUCGAGGUUUCGGCGACGGGGGAGCUUUCUCUGCCGCCCGACCGCGCCAGAGUGACCGUCAUAGUGAGCAGUAAGAAGGAAGCUGUGCUGGAGGCUAAAACCAGCGUACAGAGACGGCUGGACUACAUCCUACAGGUGCUGCAGACGCAUCAUGUCAAGGAAGGUGACACCCAGAUCUCCAAGGUCAUCCAGAGGGUGGAUGGACUGUACCACAUGGAGGGGGAGGUCAGGGUGGUGUUUGUGGACUUCCUGAAGUGCCAGGGCGUCUGUAACUUCCUGGUGGAGAAGAUGGACGAGACGGUCGUCGUGGCAACCCCAGAGUUCUUCCACAGUCCGCAGAGGUUGGAGGAGCUCAGACGACAAGCUUGUCUCCUGGCAGUCAGAAAUGCACGACAAAAAGCUGUGGAAGUUGCCAGACUACUCCGUUCAUCUGUGGGCCAGCCAAUCAGCAUCAAGGAAGAGAGUUGUCGGGAAUGGGAGGGGCCACCUGCUCAGGGACAGUCACAUGACCAAGACAAGCCAAUGACGUACCAGGAGAGAAUUGCCAUGGCAACAGUGACAGUUCAAGCCAAGGUGUUUGCUAGCUUUGAGCUGAAGCCAAAGGAAAAAGGCAGAGCUCCUUCUGGAGGAAGAUAGCAGCACUUUUUUUUUAUCUCAAGACUGUUCUUUUUUUUCAGAAAGUUCUGGAAUUUUACUUGCAAUCAAGGAAGUUUGCUAUCAAGUGAUGUUUUAGUUAGAAAAGUGCCAAAAGUUGUCAGGAUGAUGAGAUAGACUCACAUGACAUGUUACAUGUAUCAUGUUCGUGUAUGAUAUACAUCAGUAAGGCGGUGUGUUGCAGUAAUACUGUAAACCGUUAGAUGUCCCCAUGUGAAUGUCUCUCUGUAUGUUCAACAUGCUAUUGUAAAUGAAAUAGAAUCCCGCUUUAUGGUACAAGUUUUAGUACAUUUUUCAUUUGAAAAUAAUUUUUGGGGAGUACCUUUAUAAACUCUGGCAAUGUUUCAGUUGGAUUUUGCUUCUGGAGUUAUAUAAAAUAGUCUAAAUACAUUAACAUUAACAAUCAUCAGUACAGUAAUAAACCAGUCAAAGAAUCACACAAACAGGACAGCGAGUAAAUUGAUCGAAAAAUUAUACCUUUAAUUUAAUGAUACACUGUACAUCUUUUCCACUUACAGAACACUGAGCCCAACAUAAAAGCAUACACUGGGUAGGAGACAACUACAGAACUUAAUCAUGGGAAACAGGACCACUUACUAACUACAGUCAACACAAAAUGUUCAAUCAAUUAUACACUGUACUAAGUAAAUAUAGGGCAUGACGAUUUGUCACAAAAAAUGGUGUGAUUUUAAAAUCAAAAAUUAGUCAAAACUGAAGCAGUACUAGACUGAACAAAUUCACUUUUUAGGAAUUGAUAACAGCUAAUUUUUUUUCUACACAUCAUCUUGCUGUCCCUGAUAGCAUAAAAAUAUGUGCACUAUUUACACAACAGGGAAAAUGCACAUCUCGAACAUGAUGUUUCUCACAUUGUCCCACAGACUUAUCAAUCAAAAAUGUUACAAACAUUCAGGAUGGGAAUCAGAUUACCUCAGAAUACCUUACCUGUGUGUGUGUGUGUGGGGGGGGGGGUAUUACC